AUGAAGUCCCUCGUCCUGGUCUUUUGUCUUGCUCAGCUCUGGGGCUGCCACUCUGCCCCGCCUGCCAUAGGUCCGGCUUAUAGGGAACUGAACUGUGAUGACCCAGAAACAGAGCAAGCAGCCCUGGUGGCCGUGGACUACAUCAAUAAGCACCUUAGUCGGGGCUACAAGCACACCUUGAACCAGAUUGACAAAGUGAAAGUGUGGCCUCGGAGGCCCAUGGGAGAGGUGUUUGAGAUGGAAAUAGACACGCUGGAAACCACCUGCCACGCACUGGACCCCACCCCCGUGGUCAACUGCUCUGUGCGGCAGCUGACGCAGCACGCUGUGGAAGGAGACUGUGAUUUCCGUGUGCUGAAACAGGACGGCCAGUUUCACGUGUUGUUUGCAAAAUGUGAUUCCAGUCCAGACUCGGCGGAGGACGUGCUAAAGGUGUGCCCAGACUGCCCCCUGCUGGCUCCGCUUAACAGCACCAAGGUGGUGCACGCUGCAGAGGCCGCACUACGCACUUUCAAUGCUCAUAGUAAUGGCUCCUACUUUCAGCUUGUGGACGUUUCCCGGGCUCAACUUGUGCCUCUUCCAGUUUCAACCUACGUGGAGUUUGCAGUGGCUGCCACUGACUGUGUUGCUAAAGAGGUCACAGACCCAGCCAAGUGUAACUUGCUGGCGGAACAGCAAUAUGGCUUCUGUAAGGCGACACUCACUGAGAAGGUCGGUGGGGAAGAUGUUGCAGUGACCUGUGCAGUGUUUCAAACACAGCCCGUGUUACCACAACCUCAACCAGACACCAAUGCACCUACCCCUGUGGGGGCCUCAGUUGUGCCUGCUCCUCCUCCAGCACCUAUGGUGGUGGGACCCUUGGUGGUGGCAGCUCCCCAGCCAGUCUUGCCAGUGCACCGGGCACACUAUGACCUUCGCCACACCUUCACAGGUGCAGCCUCAGUGGAGUCCGCCUCAGGAGAAGCAUUCCAAGUGGGGAAAGCACCCAAGGUGGUGCAGCCUGGAGUGGUUGCUGCUGUCAGUCCAGUGGCCCCCCCUUGCCCAGGGAGAAUCAGACACUUCAAGAUCUAG